CAGGUCCAUUUUUAGCAAACAGACUUGGUGUUAAUGCUGAAGCACCCGGCGCAAUGGACGUAGAUGGCUCUUCGAUCUGGAAAAUUGUUUUGAAAAUAAACGGAACGUGCCGCAAUCUCUAUUACGUCUUCCUGUUGCAGCUUAUAUCACAUUUAGUUGCAGAUGCAGAUGAUGCGCUUAUACUGAGACUGCAGAACUCACUGUGGUUAGAAGUUCGAUACAAAGGCAACUGGGGAAGUAUAUGCUACAGCAUUCCUGGAUUCGACGACAAUGCUGCAAAUGUUGCUUGUCAACAAAUGGGAUUCAGACGUGGAACUUAUAGCGGAACAACGGUGUUGAGUAAAACCUUAGGGAUAGUACUUCAAAGCGUCAUUUGUGCCGGUCAAGAAGACGAAUUGAACGAAUGCAAACUAACAGCACCUGGAGCUGGCACUUCAAGCACAUGUGUUGGUGCUGUGCAGGUGACAUGCAAAAGUGACCGAGAUCGCGACGUAACGUACGACGAGGAUGUGGUGAUUGCAAUGAAGUUGAUUGGAGUCCGUCAUCUCAUAAAAGGAUAUGUUUCAUCUUUGAAUUAUUUGUCGAAUUCAUGCUUAACUGUCAUAGGCAGUGAAACCGUGAUAAUCUGGCACACUCGUAACAAAACCUCUGCCAUUUUUUAAACUCAUUUAACUUAAUUACAAACAUUUUGAUCCUCGAAGUCCUUGACUCAACUACGCCUUCUCGGACUUCGUAUGGAGGUACAAAAUAAUACUUUGUCAAAUAUUUGACCUCUGUGAAUUUGUUUACCUUGACCUCGAACGAAAGAUGCGAAAAGAUGCGUUCAUUCCGAGGCAUGGAAAAAAUAGAGAAUGUUGCAAACGGCAUGCUUUCGGCAAGUAACCAAGUCUUUGCAAUAUUCCAUUUGAGACGAUUUUUUGAAAAACGUACAUCACCUAUACACAGGCUUUAUGACUUGUUCUUUUUGCAGCAUUUGAUGGUUUGUUUGAUGUAAAGUUGAUAGAAAAUCCUAACCAAGCCAACAAGGGAAUACUGCAGGCAACCAAAGAUAAUAAAAUAGGAGCAGUGUGUCAUGAC